GUGUAGAUCAGGGGGAGAGCGGCUCAGACCCGGGAGACUCUGCGCCAACAUUUCCAGGACAUGAAGAGCGCCGUGUCCAAGAUGCUGGAGGAGAGGCUCGCCGUUCUCCUCCUACAAGUGGACGCCGUGGAACACGACAACAUAAAACCUCUGGAUGACUGUCAGAAACUGCUGGAACACGGGGUCAGCACAGCCGAGGACCUACUCCGAGAAGGCGAGGGCGUCGUGUCGGGUGAAGCUGGGGGGGACCAUGAGGACUUGUGUCAUUUCACCAAACAAGGCUCUUCACAUCCAACUGGACAGUGUUCAGGUGGUGGGUGCCAUCACUAUGUGGAGGGGUAUCCCUGUCUAUCAGCUCAGUGGAUGACUCUCUCCUGUGUGGCCAGGGAUCAGAUCUGCAGUCACGGGUUCGGUGGCCUCCAGGCCUCCCAGUGCAGAUGGGGAGGAGCUGAUUGAGAUCCGGCCGGAGGGAUCCUGGUGAGAGAUGGUGUAGGUAGACGAUGAUUUUGCGGUUCAGGACUACCGGCUGCAGUACCGGCGACACAGCUUGGGCCCCUAUGAAGACGCGUAUGUGGGCCCCGAGUGUGAAUUCAUAGUCCUACAGAUUGACCCCCAACGUGGAUUAUCAGUUCCGUGUGUGUGCCCGGGGGGACGGGCGCCAGGAGUGGAGUCCUUGGAGCGUUCCACAGAUUGGCCACACGAGUCUCAUCCCUCACGAGUGGAGUCCAGGAUUGGAAGGUUACAGCCUCAGCAGCCGACGGAACAUCGCCCUCCGGAACGAUAGUCCCUGCCAGGCCGUCCUCUACUCCAAAAGUGCCACCUACUUCCCGGGACAGACCCUGACCUUCAGGGUGGAGACCACCGGACAGCCGGAUAAGAGGGACAGUAUUGGCGUUUGUGGAGACAUUGAUGGAGAAGAAUGGCGGAUGUGGCUCGCUGCAGAGAGACAAGGCUGUGUGUGUGUCAGUCCCGGGGGUGCUGUGUUUGUGAAUGGAAAGGAGAUGACCAAUCAGCUGCCUCCGGUCUCCCCUGGUUCCACCAUCACAUUCGACACGGAGAUUGUGAGUUUGGGGCCCACCAACAACAACGAGGGCCCGCACCACAGGCGCAGGGUGACCAUAAGCUCUGGAAACCGGGAAGUGGUGUUUGAUUGGCUACUGGAGCAGUCCUGUGAGGCUCUGUAUUUUGGAUGCUCCUUUGUACACCCCAGCUGGAAGGUUCUGGUGUUUUAG